GUUCCGCAGCGCCAGUGCGGAGGGCGGAGACUGUGCCGACAUGGAGCUGGGCCUCGCGGGCCGCCGGGUGCUGGUCACCGGGGCAGGCAAAGGUAUAGGGCGCGGCACGGUCCAGGCGCUGCACGCGACGGGCGCGCGGGUGGUGGCUGUGAGCCGGACCCAGGCGGAUCUUGACAGCCUUGUCCGCGAGUGCCCGGGGAUAGAACCCGUGUGCGUGGACCUGGGUGACUGGGAGGCCACCGAGCGAGCGCUGGGCAGCGUGGGCCCCGUGGACCUGCUGGUGAACAACGCCGCUGUCGCCCUGCUGCAGCCCUUCCUGGAGGUCACCAAGGAGGCCUUUGACAGAUCCUUUGAGGUGAACCUGCGUGCGGUCAUCCAGGUGUCACAGAUUGUGGCCAGGGGCUUAAUAGCCCGGGGAGUCCCAGGGGCCAUUGUGAAUGUCUCCAGCCAGGGCUCCCAGCGGGCAGUAACUAACCAUAGCGUCUACUGCUCCACCAAGGGUGCCCUGGACAUGCUGACCAAGGUGAUGGCCCUAGAGCUCGGGCCCCACAAGAUCCGAGUGAAUGCAGUAAACCCCACAGUGGUGAUGACGCCCAUGGGCCAGGCCGCCUGGAGUGACCCCUACAAGGCCAAGACUAUGCUGGACCGAAUCCCACUUGGCAAGUUUGCUGCUAAUGAGUAAGACAAAAGGGAAACGAGGAGGACGUCAAGCUUCUGCACUUCGUCGGUGAUCUGAGCCACUUUGUUGAAUCAGAUGAUGGUUUUCGGAAACUAGAAGAGCGUUUCCUCAGCUUGUGCUAUUCACAAUGUCAUGAGCACAGACACAGCAGCCUGAAGUCUAAUCCGCAUUUUAUCAUCUCAAGUCUAGACAAGUAACCGUAAGUCAAGCCUCCUCCCACCGCAGCUGACUUCAAGCUGCCGGUUAGAUGUCGCUUAACGUGGAGCUGGAGGAGAUGCCCUCGGCACCCUGUUAUGUGGUGUUUGUGUCCAUAGGCCCCACAGAUGUACAUCACCGAGGGGCAGAGAAAACAGUCGUGUAUGCGGAAAUAACUAGGAAGUGACGUUUGCCGAUUUUGCUUUUAAUAACAAAUUGUAAGCUUCUAUAAUUUAAUUGUUAAUGAUCGUUAACAACUGGCUAGCAAAAUUGUUGAGAAUUCAGCAGUUGGCCUUCCUGAGCCAGUAGGAGCUGCCCCCACACAGCACAAGGCGGAAGCAGACAGUGGCCCUCAUGGCACCCUCUGAUCCUGAGUGACUCCAAUCCCGGGACCAUGGCUCCCUCCAAUCCCGAGUGACUCCAAUCCCGGAACCUCAUGGCACCUUCCAAUCCCGAGUGACUCCAAUCCCGGGACCUCAUGGCACCUUCCAAUCCCGAGUGACUCCAAUCCCGGGACCUCAUGGCACCCUCCAAUCCCGAGUGACUCCAAUCCCGGGACCAUGGCUCCCUCCAAUCCCGGAACCUCAUGGCACCCUCCAAUCCCGAGUGACUCCAAUCCCGGGACCUCAUGGCACCCUCCAAUCCCGAGUGACUCCAAUCCCGGGACCUCAUGGCACCCUCCAAUCCCGAGUGACUCCAAUCCCGGGACCUCAUGGCACCCUCCAAUCCCGAGUGACUCCAAUCCCGGGGCCAUGGCUCCGGGCCCACUGUUUCUGGCUUCAGCGUCAGCGGACUGUGCUGGGUCACUGCUCUGUUCACUCUCCACAGCACACCCCGACCCCCGCGCCCUCCUCCACCCUGCCCCUCUGCCUGGAUUGCCCUUACUCCCAGUGCCAGCCAGAGGAGCUGAGGGAUGGGAGGAGGCUGCCUCGGCUCCCAUGAGGCUCAGAGAGGCCUGACCUGCUUCAGCCUCUUUUCAGACCGUCCCCGUCAGCACAACAGACGCUGCCUGAGAACCGGCCCGCCUCUCCCCGCCCCUCCCCGCCAUGUGCCCUCCCAGAGGCGCAAAUCAGCCUGAGGGAGGCCUUGUACACAGCCAAGUAAUCAUCCCUAGGGCUCAAUGCACUAGCUAUUGCUUUGA